AUGCCCAGCAAAAGUUUCAAGGGAGCUCCAUUUGGAUCUCAGAAAACAAGAUUCGAUGUCACUGGUAUCCAUCCAAAGCUGAAGAUUCCUGGAACUUACACAGAAUUUCCUUACAGUACCAAAGUUUCAAAUGAAUCAAACCGAAGGGGUCCAGGAUCAUAUUUGAUUGACCUGAGCAGUUUUGGAGAAAGAGCCUUCAAUGAAAAAUGUUCAGGACCAGGAUGGGAGAGAGCUUUGUUAACAGAGCAACAAGCUAAAAUUCCUCAUAUAAAACAAAAACUAGGCCCUGGAACAUAUGAUAUAAAACAAUUCUUGGAUGACUUGGACAGAAAACCAACCAGUAUUUAUGGAAUUUGUAACAAAAAAAAUAAAAGAUUUAAGGACAUGUCUACAUGUGUCCCUGGUCCAGGCACAUACAAGUCCAAAUCAACAACCCAAGAAGAAAAAGAGAAAACAUCCUUUGGUUGUGUUGGAAUUAUUGAUGCAAGAACCCCACGAGAAAUUGCUAAAUGUAAUAAUAAUCCAGCACCUGGAACCUAUAAAUUAAGAAGUGAAGUGAACGCUUUGUUAUCCAAAGUUGUGAGUCAAAGAGGUCCCUAUGACCUCUUCACUGGGGUACGAAGUUAUCCAUUGACCACUGGACAUUGGGCAUUAGGGAAAAGAUCCAAUUUAGGUCCAGGACAAUAUGAAAUGAAAAAUCCAAUGGAAAAGCUAAAUCAUCCCCAUAAAAUUAAACAUGGGAAGUUUGCCAAAAUUGAUCGUUGGCCUGAUCCACCAACAGAAAGAAUUUUCUGGACUACUGAUUCAACAUACCCCAAGAAUCCUACAUUUCCAGGUCCUGGUGCCUAUAACCCACGAUAUCCUUCCAAACCAGUUACAAAACCUGUAGCACCAUUUUGGACAGCAACUAAGCGAAAUGAUAAAAAAUCACAAAAAGCAUUUUUACAAAAUUAUAAUAUGGUUGCUCCUGACCGUUAUGAUUUUCAAAGAUGGGAAGACAACCAAUUCAGAAAUGGUCAUCAGAGUGUGUUUAACUCUAAAACUGGACCUUGGUCAGAAAGUAUGUUCAAAGUAAUCCAAGAAAGACUUCGUCCUCGAAGUACAGGUGCUGCACCUCCACAACUUGACUGCCACAACAGUUAUGCAGUACACCGAGCACUUACAAUAAUGUGA